UGACAUUUCGUCCACACAACAAAAGUAUUACCAGAGAAAGGCUAAGGAGACUAUCACGGCAGCAUUGAGUGUUAUAAGUCCGGGCCAAGAACAAGAGCUGUGGAAUGCCGUUCGAAGAGAGCAGUCACUUGAUUCAGGACAGAUAUCAACCAGACGAAAAAGSUUUGACCCAUCAUCUCCUAUCAUAGAGUCCCUUGUGAAAGCAUACGAACAUGCUGCUUCAUGGCAAACAAAGCGUCAAAUCCUCUCCAUUUUCUCAAAUGAUUUUAGUCGCUCAGAGCUAUUAGCUUUAAUUCCCUCCUUGACAAAAUGGAAAAUCGACCAAGCCCGUCAACAUGCAAGUGAUGUAGGAAAAGGCCAAACAGUACCAUCUCAACCUAUAUACCGAACCCGCAUUUCUCCAUCCCAAAUUCAGCAUUUUGUAGAUUUCAUUUCGCGUCCAGAAAUGGUACAAGAUGUUGCGUUCGGUACGAAGACUUUAAAACUCGACUCUGGUGAUUCCAUCAUCAUACCUGCAGUAGUACGAACCAUGAUCCCAUCAAGAAURAUAGAACAAUAUAACYGUUAUUGUGURCAGAACGAUUUCGAACCUGCGGGGAAACGAUCCCUUUACAGAAUGAUAGACGUUUGCGCCGCAUCAUUGCAAAAAUCAUUGCAAGGUCUUGAUAAUACGACCGCCGAAGGGACUGAUGCGAUUGACAAUAUGAGUGACACUGUAACUACUCUUGGUAGUCUUGGUUCAAGUGAUCAGUUCACAAAACCUGYAAUACAAGGAAUAAAAGAGGCAAAGAAGUAUCUCAAGACGGAAUUCAAAAGUCAUGUUGGUCGAGAGAAAUGUUGUGCUGACCAUUGCACGACUCAUGCACUAAGUGACCCAAGUGAAAAGAAAUACCAAAGACCGUGUAAAGUAGAACACGAUGUUUAUUKCAAAUCCUGUUCGUCCCUUGAUGACCUCAUGCAAAAAAUAACAGCUGAGAUAGAGAAUAUACCUGCAGACGAAGAGCAAAAAUCACGGAUGAAACAUGAAUUCAAGCAGUAUAUUGAAGCURUAAAUGCCUGGAAAGGACAUCUUUUGAGAACUGUUAACCAAGAAGAGGCAAAGCAAGAUGCCCUAAAUGCACUUGACGAGCACACAUGCUURAUAAUAAUGGACWGKGCAAUGAAAUUCCUGCCUCUUCGCUAUCGAGAGAGGAUGAGCGAAUUUUUCGGUAAGAGAGGGAGAAGCUGGCACGUCAGUGCAGUKAUAAUGAAGAAUGAGGAAAAGCUGGAAGUUGAGUGUUUUGUUCACAUUUUUGAUUCGUGCACACAAAACAGUUUUGCAGUAGCAUCAAUAAUAGAGAACCUCUUAAUAAACAUCAAGAAAGAAAACCCGCAGAUUGACAGUGCAUUUUUUAGAUCGGAUAAUGCCGGGUGUUACCACAGCGGAACYUUGCUGCUCAGUCUCCCCCACAUUGGCAAACGAACUGGCAUAACUCCUCUACGSUAUGACUUUUCAGAUCCUCAGUCAGGAAAGGAUAUUUGUGAUAGGAAAACGGCCCCCAUGAAGUCUCAUAUUAGACGAUGGGUCAACGAAAAACACGACGUUCUGACAGCCUUUGACAUGAAAAACGCUCUCGAGUCCCAUGGUGGUUUAAAGGGGUGCCGGGCUGCCGUUGUUAAAAUUAACUCAGUCGAAGAGAGUGCAAGUCCACCAAAUAAGAUACCAGGCAUAAGUUUAUUGAAUAACUUUGCAUUCACUAAAAACGGCAUACGGGUAUGGCGAGCGUAUAAU